UUUAUAACACGCUUUCAUAUGUGGGAAAUUAACAGACUUUCCAUUUUCUAUAUAUAUGCACUGACUUUGAGACUUGAGAGAUGCACAAACUACUGAUCUUGUUCUUUUAUCAGCAGCAGAAAUAUUAAGAUCUGAAAUAAACAAGAUUAAUGGAAGGUGGUGAGAAUGAGAUCAAAAACUUUGUGAAGGUAUGGCUGUCAGUUGCAUUGUGUUUAUGCUAUUGUUAUGUCAUUGGUAAAAUGGUUCCCAGAGGUGCAAAAAGACUCAUUUUUGUGCUACCAAUUGUGGCCGUUUUUCUUUAUCUUCCCCUCGUUCUUUCUUCGGCUCAUCUCGGUGGCAUCACUGCGUUUUUCAUUGCUUGGCUUGCCAAUUUCAAGCUCUUACUCUUUGCCUUCGGCUUUGGCCCUUUAUGUUCAGAUCCAUCCAUCUCUCUCCCUCUUUUUAUAACCGUCUCUUGCCUCCCCAUCAAGAUCCAACUCAGCCCACCUCAAAAUGGCCAUAGAAAACAAACCCCAUCUCAAAAAACUCUUGAAAAUGGUAAAAAAAAAGGCCCUAUGAAUUACGCAAUAAAGGCUCUACUUUUGGCUGGUUUUGUAAAGGCUUAUGAUUAUAGCGACCGUAUGCACCCCAAAAUGAUCCUCCUUCUCUACGCUUUCCACGUUUAUUUCCUGCUUGAACUCAUCCUCGCCCUGAGUGCAGUCAUGGCUCGAACCGUCCUUGGACUUGAGCUCGAGCGGCAGUUCAAUGAGCCGUUUCUUUCCACUUCUCUUCAAGACUUUUGGGGCAAUAGAUGGAACCUUAUGGUCUCUGGUAUCCUGCGCCCUACCGUAUACAAACCCAUCCUCAAUUUCUUCACACGUGUCGCUGGUCGGAAGUGGGCUCCACUCCCAGCAGUUUUCGGCACCUUUGUGGUAUCCGGUUUCAUGCACGAGCUUCAGUUUUUCUACCUGGGCCAGGGCCGGGUGAAGCCCAAUUGGGAGAUCACUUGGUUCUUUGUUCUUCAUGGGUUUUGUUUAACGGCUGAGAUUGCUCUAAAGAAGGCCGUAACCGGGAAGUUCCGGCUGCCGAGUUUGAUAUCGAGGCCGUUGACGGUUGUUUUCGUGAUGGUCACCGGUUGCUGGCUGUUUUUCCCGCAUUUUAGCCGGUAUGAAGUUGAUGUUAGGGCGUUUGAAGAGUACGCGGCUUUGGGAGCAUACAUGAAGAAUGUGAGUCACAGUAUAGUUAGUGUUAUGUAAGGCAGAAUUAUACCAUUUUUCUGAAAUUUUGUAGCAAAAACACAAAAUUUAAUUUUAUACAUCAAAAUAGGAGGUGGGUAUUGCAUCAUUAUCUCAUAUAUGAUUGUAUGGAGAGGUCUAGGACUCAUCUAACUUAUGAGAAAUCAUGUUCAUGGCCGCCCUGUAUUUGUGAUUAUUGUUAUCGCUUCUUCCUGAACUUGUAGUGGAUGAAAUUAAUCCUGGUGUAAAGCUUAAAUCUUGUCUUUUCAUGUUAAGAAAGGACACAUGCAAUACUUAUAUAGUACAUAAAUACA